AUGGAUACAGAGAGCGGGCAGCUGUUUCUCGGUGCUGACGGCAGCGCGGCGGCAGACAGCUGGCAGCUCGACGCUCCCUUCUCCUGCUCCGAACUCGUCUACAGCGGCGGAGAGAAACCCCUGCAGGACUGGGCGGUAGACCCCGACUGUACGCUGAGCGACAGCGAAUCAGAGGACGUCCUCCACGCCGUUGACCCAAACGAGGUGUUUCCCAGCGGCCCGCCUGCCAACCCUUCAUCGGAGAGCGACAGCGGCAUCUCCGAGGAUCCGGCCGUGGAGAGUCCCGUCACCGCGGCGACCGGCCAGCUGGGCCCGGCCACCGUCUACCAGGUGGUGUAUGACAUCAGCGGUCUGGGCGGCGUGAAGACUGAACCGGGGCAGAACGUGGACGUCAUCUCCAUCGAGCUCGAUGAGUGGAGCUCUCAGCUGCUGCUGUCGGACUCGUGCGUGGUCAACGAGCUGCCGGGCGUUUCAGCCGCUCGCCUCGCCCCCCCCAGCCCUGAUGGAGACCUGCUGUUCCCCGAUCUUCAGCUGACGGAGGAGGAACAGAAGCUGCUGACCCAAGAAGGCAUUUCUCUACCGGGAAACCUUCCUCUCACCAAGGCCGAGGAACGAAUCCUGAAAAAGGUUCGGAGGAAAAUCCGCAACAAGCAGUCGGCUCAGGACAGCCGGCGCAGGAGGAAGGAGUACAUCGACGGGCUGGAGAACAGGGCUGCAGCUUGCUCAGCACAGAACAAGGAGCUGCAGAGAACGGUGGAACAGCUGGAGAAACACAACAUGUCUCUGCUCGCUCAGCUGCAGCAGCUUCAGUCUCUCAUCAAACGCACCGUCAGCAAAGGAGCUCAGACCAGCACCUGCUUACUGAUCAUCCUCGUCUCUCUGGGUUUGAUCAUCAUGCCGAGUUUCAGUCCGUUCAGCCGCAGCACGUCAGCAGACGACGACGACUACAGACCCACAGGAGUUAUUUCCAGAAACAUCCUGACAGACCCCGCCUCCUCCCAGCCGGCAGCAGAAGAGGCAGACGGUCCAGCAGUCCGGUCCGACUCCUCGUCGCAGCCCGUGGACCUUAACCAGUCUGGACCUCCAGAUGGCGCCACUGUGCCGCACGAGUCGGCAGAAAACCCUGAAAACGCCGGUUCUGACGGCGAAGCACAAGAGGGGAGCCAAUCAGGGAACAGCUCUUCUCUUGUUGCCGGGCAGACUGAGCCGCUGGGCCUCGGGUUGAGGUCGACGGCUGGGAAACAAAGCCGCGAUCCCGCUAAACCGGCGCACGCCGACGAAAUGUAG